AUGGAGUGUGUGGAUGGCACCCGUGUUGGCUGGUGUGUGGAGCGUGUGGAUGGCACCCAUGUUGGCUGGUGUGUGGAGCGUGUGGAUGGCACCCGUGUUGGCUGGUGUGUGGAGCGUGUGGAUGGCACCCAUGUUGGCUGGUGUGUGGAGCGUGUGGAUGGUACCCGUGAUAAAAAACAGUCAAAGCCUGAAGACCUUAAAGAACCUACUGGCCAUGUUCCUCAGGAGAAGCAGCCAGAUGAUCUAUCCUCAGACACGAAGAAGGCAAAGUCCCAGAAAAACCAGGAUCUCUCUGACAAGACCCCAGUUAUAAAGAUCCAAGCAUGGUGGCGUGGCACACUGGUCCGUAGGGCGCUGCUGCACGCAGCCCUCAGGGCCUGGAUCAUCCAGGGCUGGUGGCGGCUGAUCCUGACGAAGAUGAUGGAGAAGAAGCGUCAGUCGGUACUGGAUGCCUUCCAACGGGAGCAGUGGGCAGUGGUCAGGGUGCAGUCCUGGAUCCGCAUGUGGCGAGUCCGCAGGCGGUACUGCCAGGUGCUUAGGGCUGUCCGAGUCAUCCAGUCUCACUGGAGGUACCACAUCUGCGCUUCACGGGGUGUCAUCAAGGGCCACUACCGAAUUACGGCCAGCCAGAUGCAUCUUGAGCUGGAGAUCUUACUGGGCUCGGGGCCUUGUAUCGUGUCUGAGUGUAUUCCCCUCCCAAUAAAGCAGUGA